CAUACAUGGAAGCAGCCCUUUUUGGUUGAUUCGCCAGCCAUCCAGCCAUUCAGUCAUUUCAAUGAAACCAUUCAAUUUGUUUUGUUUUUUUGUUUAGUCGUCAACGUCGUCGCUAUACGAAGAGAUGACGUUACGCUGAUACGGGCCGAUUUUGUUAGCUGAUUUGCCAGAAGACGACGACAAACACGUUCUCGUUCGGGUCUGUAGAUGGUUGACGGUUGAAGUUGAAUUUAAUUCCAUUUUCCAUUUAUUUAGAAUGGCAUCGUCCUAGCGGCCAGGACGACGGUUGACGGUUUAUCGUGUUUACCAUCAAUAACAAACAAAAGUUAUUGUCGAUAUAGUGUUGUUGUUGCUGUUGUUUUUAAAAAGUUCGCCAUUUGAAAAAAACAAAACAAAGAAACAGAAAAAAACAAAACUUUUAUUCAUUUAUAUGUUCUUGAAAAGAAAUACAAUUGGGGUUCAGGUGUGUGUAAGGAACUUUCCUUAAAGAAGUCCUUGGCAAUAUGUAAACAUAAUUAAUGUGUUCAAUAAGUGUAAACAAAUAGAGAAAAACAAAACAAGACAACAAGCCAUACGAAAUGCAAUCAGGGAGUUGUUCAUCGAAGAUGUUGAGAAAUGACCGGCCCUAAGAAAGAGGAAUUGUAGCAGUACGAGUUGGAAGGACUGGCGCGCGAUAAUAUCUUGUCCAAUGGCAACGGAAUACCAACUGUCACCAAAACAAAGGGGAAAUCAGGAACAACAGCAGAAGAAGCAGCAACAGAAGACAACAUUAAAAAGUAAAAGCCAUCACCACCAGGGUCAGGAAAAACAAUGGCCUGAAGGAAAAUCGAUAACAACAAAGAGCGGUGGUGGCGGUGGAGGUGCCGACGGCCACGUGACUAACGGCAAAACAAAGCUGUUGAAAAAACAGACACCUGUUGUGGUCUCAGCUGAGGGCAAUGACGACGAAGUAGUGGUGGCACGACCAUUGAGCAGAACCCAGCAAAAUUGUGGUGUGGCAGAGGAGGCGGUAUUUUAUGAUGACAUUUUUGAUGGGCCACCCCCCGAUUAUCGUAUCUACCAAGAGGGUCAGGUUAAUGAGUUUUUUGAGGCAACAAAAACAACAGCCACACAGGAUAUUGCCCCCAAGACGGUGUCCGAAAUAUGUCUGGUUAAUGAUCAUUAUAUAUUGGUGAAAAUGCCAACCCAGCGAGAGGUUGGAGGAGAAAUUAUUCGAGAGGGUUCUAAGGGAUGUCAAGGCUCCAACACCACUAUGGCGGACCACAAAAAUAAAGGCAUAUCAAUGAAUUACUGGCGUAAAAGACCUCAACGCCUAAGGAAAAUUGCACCCAUCCGGGGUGGUGAGUCAUCGGAUCAUUUGGAUGUCAUUGUUGAGGAGGAGGAUAAGGGCAGGGCGGACAGUAAAAGUUCCAAAUCCCUACAUUGUCUCAAUGUAAAUUCCUGUUGGGGUUCCAAAACGGAUGAUAUUGAAAUCUAUGAAAGCAAGACAACCAUACGAAAGACACCCGCCUUGGCCCAGGGCAUCAUCAUGGUGAAAAGUGAAGAGGAGAGGGAAAAAUCUGCGGAGAAAUCCACUCAGACUCCUUUGAAGGAUCAGAACAAUAGAGUACCCGAUAUAGCAACUAUUUCCGGUUCCAAGAUAAUGUCUUCCUCGGUGCACAAUCAAAUUUUAUUGCACAACUCGGGGUCUCUGAUAGCCGAUAAUGGUGACCCCAAACAAUGGACUCUCCAGAAUUGCCGUAAAAAUACCACUCCCCGUCGUGGCAAUCGUUUCCUCUGGCUCCUCCUGCCAUUCCGUAGUAAAUAUCGCCGGACCAAAAAAGCAAAACCAAAAAUUCAAGCAGUCGUCUAUAAAACCUAUUUCGUCAAAUGGACCAAACCUCCGGAAAGUCUAAAUCAUGGCUUUGGUGGGGCCCAAUCAUCAAAAUUAAGCGAAUUGGGAGCGUCCGUUUUAAGACGCUGUCGUUCGGCAAUAUUUUGAUAUCAAUUUAUGUACCAGUACAUGUUUAAGAAGGAAAUAAAAAGAGAAAAGAACUAUUUUUAUAAAA